AGUUCAUAUCUGGCCUCAGACACUAGCUGUAUCACCCCAGACAGGCUGAAGUUGUCUCAAGACAGACCUAUAUCAAGCUGCUGCUGCUGAUUACACAAAAGGAGAAGAAAGCUUUGUAGUGAAGGUCCAUGGCUUGCCUUGGUCAUGCUCAGCCAGUGAUGUCCAACACUUCUUCUCAGAAUGCAAAAUUCAAAAUGGGGCAUAAGGCAUCCAUUUCAUCUAUACCAGAGAUGGGAGACCAAGUGGAGAAGCUUUCAUUGAACUCAGAUCUGAAGAUGAUGUCAAACUGGCACUGAAAAAAGAUAGAGAGACUAUGGCACACAGAUAUGUUCAAGUAUUCAAGUCAAACAAGGUUGAAAUGGAUUGGGUAUUGAACCAUACUGCUUUAAAUUGCCUUGACACCACCAGUGAUGGCUAUGUGCGCCUUAGAGGACUCCCAUUUAGCUGCAACAAGGAAGACAUUAUUCAGUUUUUUUCAGGGUUGGAAAUCAUGCCAAAUGUAAUGUUGCCAGUAGACUUUCGAGGGAGGAAUAGUGGGGAAGCUUUUGUGCAGUUUGCCUCCCAGGAAAUAGCUGAAAAGGCUCUAAAGAAACACAAGGAAAGAAUAGGGCACAGGUACAUUGAAAUCUUCAAGAGUAGCCAGACAGAAGUUAGUACUCAUGAUCCUCCUCAAAAGCUAAUGACUAGGCAAUGUCCAGGUCCUUAUGAUAGACCUCAGGCUGGCAGAUGCUAUGACAGUCUUAGUAGAGGAGCUGGGUUGGAAGGAAUGAGGUGUGGUGCCUGUAAAAGUGGGUAUACAGGUUAUGAUGACUACAAUGGAUAUAGUACUGAAUAUUACUUUAGAAGAGACCUCAAUUACUAUUUAGGAAUGUCUGGUCAUAGCUAUGGAGACCGCUGGUCUACCUUCCAGAGUCUAUCAGGCCAUUUCGUGCACAUGAGAAGACUACCUUACAAAGUUACUGAAAAUGAUACCUAUGAUUUUUUCUCACCACUCAAACCUGUGGGAGCACACAUUGAAAUUGGAUAUGAUGGCAGAGUGACUGGAGAAGCAGAUGUUGAAUUUGCUACUCAUGAAGAUGCUGUGGCAGCUAUGUCAAAAGACAAAGCAAAUAUGCAACACAGGUACAUAGAACUCUUCUUGUGUUCUAUAGCAGAAGCAGACAGUGGGGUUUAUGAUCCCCAGAUGAUGGAAGGCAUGGGCUUGUCAAACCAGUUUAGUUAUGGCAGUCUAUCCAGCCAGAAUUUGAAUGAAGCUUAUGGAGGCACCUAUGAUGGUCAGAUCAGCAUGAGCAAACGUGACCAAGUUUUAGAGGAAAACUUCAGCAGCUUUUCAACCACACAUUGCAUAGAGAACCAAGAGGAAGUGAACAGCAGCUACAACAACUUGGAGAGCUUUGCAUCUGUGGGAAUGAAUGGAAUGGAAGAAAUAUCAGGCAUGUCCAGUAUGGGAACUGAAUCAGUAGUGUAUCCUGAUAAUUGACCCUUAGUCAACUUUUCUAAAGAAAAUCGAACAAAGAUGAUGGUUUGCAAUUCAAGUUUAUUGUUUAUACUUACUGUUAUUGAAAUCAGAAUUGUUUUUUAAAGUUCCCAAGUUAGAUAUUUUUAGAACACAGGAAAAUAAUCUUUUACGAUAAGCAAGCCGAAUAAAGAUUAUAAUUGCUAAAAAAGAAUUUGGUAUUUCUCAAGGUAGUUAUGUUGCAUGAGUGCUCUUAAGUAUUGAGGUUAAAGCAAUCUCAGUUCUGUUAAAUGUACCUUUUAUGCCAGACUAUCAGGAAUGUCAAAAUGCAUUUUGAGAGACACAGUUUUUAAAAAUAUAUUUAUUUACUUUCUCAAUUACAUACAAAAAUAAUUUUUAACAUUAGAUUUUUAAAAGUUUGAGUUCUCAAUUCUCUCCAUCCUUCCCUUCCCCCCCCAUUGAGGACACUAAUUUUCUAUCGAUUAUGCAUCUACAGUCAUGCAAAACAUUUCCGUAUCAGUCACAUUGUAAAAGAAAACCUUAGGUCAUGAAGAGUCAGACAUGACU